UCGGUAACCAAAUCAUGUUGAGUCCUUUCUUGGUUUUUCUAUGCUCUCCAUUGCAUGGCGUCUCUGCAAUAAAGGGUUUAAAUGCUCAUAACCCAUGUUCGAUUGUCUCAGGCCUCUUUGAUCUAAUCCUUAGAUCUGCAUCUAUUGAAAACCUUCGUAUUUCCGGAUCUAUAGCUCCAAGACUUUGGCUUUGGAGAGUUUGGAGAUCUGCAUAUUGAUGCUAUCUGGUUUUUCUUUCUUUCGAGAUCUGUAGCUUAACACAACCAUUUUUCUACGAUUUUGGGAGAUCUGGAGCUGAAAACAUCUGGUUUUCUUGGGUUUCGAUUAUGUGUAGCUGAAAGCUUCUAGUUUCUAAGAUCUAAAUCCUUGCACCUGAAGCUUGCUUUUUUAUCUAAGGUUUCCAUAUCCAACAGUGGAAAACUCCUGGUUUCUUUAGGGUUCCAAGGAUCUCUCCUGAAAACCUCUGUAAUUUCAAAAAGUGCUCUGUUUUCCAAGGGUUUCCGCUUUCACAACUGAAAACCUUUGUUUUUAUUGUGAUUCAAGGUCUAGUAUUAGCAAACCCUGGUUUUUCUAGGUUUUGCUGAUAUUUCAGGAUGUGGAGAUUGAAGCAAUUCAUGCCAAAAGAACCUUUGGGUCUGGAGGGUCGAAGCAUUGAUAUUGGGAACCUGAAGGUCCAGGUUCGGAACACCAUUGCUGAAGGUGGAUUCUCGAGUGUUUACCUUGUUCGAGAUGUUGGCCCUUCAGGAAAGCAGUUCGCCAUGAAACACAUCUUCUGCAACGAUGAAGAGACUCUCGAUCUGGUAAAGAAGGAGUUCUCUGUGAUGAAAUCGCUAAAGGGUCACCCAAAUGUUGUGGCUUUGCAGGCCCAUACAAUCUUAGACAUGGGGCGCACAAAGGAGGCAUUUUUGGUGAUGGAAUUUUGCGAGAAAUCAUUGGUCACUGUUUUGGAGAACAGGGGUGCUGCCUAUUUUGAAGAGAAGCAGAUCCUACUGAUAUUUAGGGAUGUCUGCAAUGCCGUAUUUGCAAUGCACUGCCAAAACCCAGCUAUUGCUCAUAGGGAUUUGAAAGCUGAGAACGUCUUGUUGAGUGCUGAUGGAACCUGGAAACUGUGUGAUUUCGGUAGCGCUUCAACCAAUCAUAAACGAUUUGAGAGACCUGAGGAGAUGGGUAUUGAAGAAGACAACAUACGGAAGCAUACUACCCCAGCAUACAGAGCGCCUGAGAUGUGGGAUCUGUUCAGAAGAGAAGUUAUCAAUGAGAAGGUUGACAUCUGGGCUCUUGGAUGCCUUCUGUACAGAAUCUGUUAUCUCAAGUCCGCGUUUGAUGGUGAAUCAAAGCUACAAAUUCUGAAUGGGAAUUAUCGUAUCCCAGAGCUGCCAAAGUAUAGUUCAGCCAUAACUGGCUUGAUCAAGGACAUGCUUCAAGCCUCUCCAGAUACAAGACCAGAUAUCAUGCAGGUUUGGUCACAUGUUAACGAACAACUGCCAGUGGAAUUGCAAAAGCAGGCACCAGAGAAGCCAGCAUCAAUGGCAGCAUCUGAGGCACACAUGUCAUCUGUCAACGGCCAAAAGAAAGAAGGUGUUAGCCCCCAUUCAAGGAGGACUCAUGUUAUGCCUAGAAGGACUGCUCCUUCUCCACCCACACCUAAAGAACAAAACCAUCGUUCCCCUUCCGUUCAAGUAGCCUCACAAGGCAGUGGAAGCUCGUUGGGUGCAUUUUGGAUGUCCCACCAUGCCCAAACUGCUGCAGUUUCAGAGGAUAAAGGCCCUGUAUUUGAUGAAGAAUCCAAGCCCGAAACCUUUUCAAAACAUAGCCCACCAAAAGAUCAUCAAAGACCAGGGCUUCAUCUCAAGAGGAGUGGGCAAAACGUCAUCAAGAGAUUUGACGAUGGCCCUUCAGAGGAUUUUGAGAUUAGGUUUUACUCGGAAGAAGCAGGCCCUGGCUCUUCUGAAAAUUUGAGUAAUACUACUGUGAAGUCAUCGAACAAUGAGGCUUCUGGGCUUUACAAGAAUGAAGCUUUUGGUUCUUUUGUUACUGACUUUGAUGGUCAUAAUGUUAAAGAGGAUUCAUCUUUGCAAGGGGAAGUGGAGAGGUUGAGGGAGCAGUUGAAGCAGGUUGUUGCAGAGAAGGCAGAGGUAGCAUCAAAGUAUGAGAAGCUCACAGCCAUUUGCAGGUCUCAGAGACAGGAGAUUCAAGAACUAAAACAAGCUAUUGCAGCAGGGUCGAAUAGAGAUAAUUCGAAAGUGGGUGCUAGCUCUCAGUCUCAGGCCCAGCAGAGCCAUAAAUCACCUGGAAGUUGGCAAUCUGGUGCUCAGAGGGAUAAGAUAGAAGGAUCCAUAUGGGAACUCCAAGAAGGCAUGCAGACGAACAAUACCUCAAACAUUUCCCCUGAUUCAAAGCCAUGGCAAGCUUUUACAGACACACCAGCAAAGAUACAGCCUCCCCCAUCUAAGAACAGCAACCCAAAGCAAACAUCAACCAGGCCAACAAAUGGCCACCAAACCAAGCAAACAGCGAGCUUGUACUCAUCAGCUGAUGCUUGGGGCUUUGGCCAAGAUGGUUUCGUAGCAGCAAACAAGGAUGGCCCUCAUAUAACCAAGACUUCAACCCAGGCCAGUAUUUCUCAACGAUUUGCGCCUCCAAAUCCUCAUAUCGCUCAACCGAAAAGUAUGGAUGAUAGCCGGACUCAGCCAGCCGGGUGGGCUGGCUUUUGAGCUUUAGUUAUAUUUGAAAUUAAAGCAAUGGGUCCAAGAGUGGAAGACCCAUUUCACCAGAUGAUUAUUUACUGCAAACUUUACAAGUUUUGAGGCUUCGUCUCAGGCUUUGGUUUUGUGACAUUUUAUGUAGAAUUUGCGUAUAAAUUUUUGUUGUCAUUGGGUUUUCCAUUCUCUUUUUUGGUGUGGGUUUGAGAGAGAGAGGGAGAGUUGGUGAUGAGGGUUUGACUUUUCUAUGAAAAAGUUCUCUCUAGUUUUGGUUUGGAGCAUUUUGAGGGGUGAGAAAUUGUAUAGUUGAUGUGACUGGGGGGUGGAUGGUUGCUUCAAUGCCUUACUAAUAAAAUGAUAAAGAUUGG